AUGGAGAAAGGGACGAGUUCACCGGCAUCAUCCGGGCUUUGCUAUGAGGUUUUUCUUAGUUUUCGAGGAUCAGAUACCCGUUAUGAUUUCACCGAUUGCCUUUACCAUGACAUGAUUGAGGCUGGGAUCAUUGUCUUUAGGGACAAUGAAUCCCUCCAAGUCGGUAAGGAAAUUGGUGGUGAACUUCUACGAGCAAUUGAGAACUCCAGGAUCUACAUUCCCAUAUUCUCCAAGAAUUAUGCUUCAAGUAACUGGUGCCUCCGAGAGCUUGCAUACAUGGUCAAGUGCACCUCGGAAUCGAAGGGGGACAAAGAGAUUCUGCCAAUUUUCUUGAACGUGGAACCUGCUGAUGUCAAGCUCAAAACAAACUUGUACAAGCAAACUCUUUUGAAGCGCCAGAAGAUGUGCAUAGAUGUAGAGUCAUGGGAAAAGGCUCUCAUUGAGGUGAGCAAGAUAAAGGGAUGGAACUGGAAGAAAAAUGAGGGGUAA